GAGAAACGAUGUAUAAAAUGAACUUUGUCUCUGAGAAAACUUUACAGUUUCUUUUGGGGUGAGGGAGGAAGAAGAAAGAAAAUAAUUAUUUCUUGUAAUGUUUGUUUACAAUCAUGUGUGGAUCCAGUUUUGUUCCAGCUAAGAAUUAGCCCUGGGACUUUGACACCAGGAAAAAACUGAGAGUGCUCAUCUACGGUGGGUAGAAACUUGGUCAGGUAUCCACCCAUGUGACAAAUGGACUUUGACAGCUGUCUUGGAGACGGGCAAGUACCACUGCAGCUAAGCUGAAAGAACUGGAGCUGGUGGUCACAUUUCUAAUAAAGGAAACUGAAGACAUUUAGAUAUUGAACAAAAUCUAAAUAAAAAUAGAUUUUUAAUAAAAAGUCCUGAAUGGACUCAUGGUUGCCACCAAGACAGCCCCAGGGCCAAGGGAGUCAUGCAGUCUGGUUUGAAGGAUAUGGAAGGAGCCCACGGAGGGAAGUCUACCAUGGCCCUCCACCUCCACAUUUCAGGCAUGAAGAAUACCAUCCUGAUUUCCAAGUAGGACCUCAGCCUUGGCUAGAUACUCAGCACCACUAUCCCAUCCAUCAUCCAAGGCUCCAGAACUAUAUGAGACCAAACUCCAGGGCAGAGUAUUACAAAAGCAGCUUUUCAGACUGGUCUUACACAAGGCAAGGAUAUGAAGAGCUGCACCGUGGCUUUGUGGAGGAUCAUGAAGCAUAUCAAAGAUUCACCCAAGUACAUCCAAGCAAAAGAGAUCCAAGAUGGAGAGAUAACUGGAAUGAAAGUGCAAAUUCCUGGAACCAGAAUUAUUAUAGAGAUUGCCAACCUAGGGAUGGUAACAACUCUUUGGGGCAUUAUGAUGUUGUACUAACUCAAUCUAAGAAUUCCUAUGAAGAUAGCUAUGCUUCAAAGAAAGAUGCUUCUGAUGAUAUCAACUACCAUUCUCCUUUGUUACAAGGACACAUUUGGGAUAAAUUCCAAGAGAACUCUUUGAAGAAUGCCACUGUUCCAGCCCAUGAGCUUUCAUUGCCUGACGGGCUAACUCCCCUCCAACAUUACAAGGAAUCUGGCCUCAGUUCUAGCAGUUAUGAGCUUAGUCAAUAUAUGGAAAAUUCUUCCAACCACCAUGAAGCAACUUUCUCCGAGGAUUGGAGCCCUGUUCAGUCAGCAGAAGACUUCCAAGCUAUGUCUAACUGUGUGACCUCCCCCAAAUUUACUGUCCCUCAUGUACCUCUGUGUUUUGGAGCUGGAGGGCAGUUGGUCCGAGGAUGUCCAAAUGAUCCAGCAGAUGGACAACCUGCUCUUGUUGAGAUACACAGCCUUGAGAUUAUUCUACAUGACACUGCUGAGCAAGAAAUGAUGAGAAUCUUUCCAGGACCUCUGAUCAGGGAAGAUCUGCACAAGGUGGAUGUGAUGACAUUCUGUCAGCGCAAAGCAGCUACUGGCUGUGACUUGACAACUAAGCAGGGCCGAGAUUCUGCCUUGCUUUGGAAGCUCCUCCUCCUCCUUUGCCGACAAAAUGGAUCCAUGGUGGGAUCAGAUACAGCUGAGCUGCUGAUGCAAGAUCGCAAAUACCCAGAAAAGUUCAAAAAACAAGAGCCACGUAUGAACCUGAUUAACUUGACGGGAGAAGACUGGCCAGUGUCUGGCUAUGGAACCAUGGACCUUCUCACAGGGGAGAUGGUCCCAACUGCUGGCACACCAGAGCAAAAAAUAGAGAAAUUCACCAAACUCCUUUUCUAUGGCAGAAAGAAAGAAGCCCUGGAUUGGGCUAUGAGAAACCAGCUAUGGGGCCAUGCACUCUUUCUAUCAAGCAAAAUGAACCCAAGGAUUUACAAUCGGGUCCUGACUGGGUUCACAAGCACACUGGCCUCCAAUGAUCCUCUGCAGACACUUUUCCAGCUCAUGUCUGGAAGGAUACCGCAGGCAUCUUUGUCCUGUGGAGAUGAGAAGUGGGGAGACUGGAGGCCACACCUGGCUGUCAUGCUGUCUAAUCAAGUAGGAGACUUGGACCUGAAUUCCAGAGCCAUCAUCUCUAUGGGAGACACAUUGGUUGGGAAAGGGUUAAUAGAAGCUGCUCACUUCUGCUAUCUGAUGGCAGAUGUUCCUUUCGGCCACUAUCGAGUUCAAACAGAUUAUAUGGUAUUGCUGGGAAGUAAUCAGAGCCAAACCUUUUCCCAGUUUGCAAGGACAGAAUGUAUUCACAGAAUGGAAAUUCUUGAGUAUUGUCGGUUACUGGGGUGUUCCCAAGCUUUCAUCCCUUCUUUCCAGGUAUAUAAAUUGAUUUAUGCAUCUCGCCUGGUUGACUAUGGUCUUACUGCCCAGGCCUUACAUUAUUGUGAAGGGAUUGGAAUGGCACUUCUUGCCCAGAACCAGAAUGCUUAUCCUGUCCUCCUAGAGCAGGUUAUCAAGCUAGCAGAACGAUUAAAGUACUCUGACCCACGACUCCUGGAGAAGGCAGAGUAUGAGAUGGAUUUGGAACCAGAUUGGCUCAUUGAACUCAGAGCCCGUUAUCAACAGUGGGAGGAUCAAAGAGGGUUUCCCAACACUACAUCCACCCAGCUAGAGGUUUGCAGAGGCAAUGGAUCAAUAUCAGGUUUAGCUCCUCAUUUUGAAUUUGAACAAGCUGAGGUAUGCUGGGAGAAUCUACAGCAUCAGCCUUAUAGACACCCGUCACCUGUUAAUUCAAGUGGGCACCAACCAGAUGUGGAUCAACAGCUGCAUAUCUGUUCUGGACAUGGAUAUCCUUCAGAGAGGACACCUGCUAGUUUAGAGGCUUGUUUAGCAGAAAAUGACCACAGUUCCACUUUGUCUUCAGGAGGCCUUUCAAAUGAUCCUUCCUCACAUCUGAAACAACCAUCAGGGGAGACUGUGGAAUCUUGUGGGCUGGACCAUUUUCCUAGUGAGCCAAAGAAGCACAUUCUAGAAUAUCAGGCCAAUUCACGGACCCGGACUGUCUCUGAGAGUUCCACAAUAACCCUUUCAGAAGAUACACCUCAGUCCCUAGAAGCCUCCUGGGAUGAAACCUCAUCGGAGAAGAAAUUAAUGGAAAAUACAGAGCAAGAGGUACUGAAGACUUCUGGUUUUGGCUGGUUCCGAUGGUUCCGUUCCAAGGCAAAUAAAGAUGAAGCACCAUCUUUGGACUCAACUGCUUCAGUUUCUCAGGAGAAAAUCAUUCAGUCCCUUUUGGUUUCACCCAUGAAUCAACAUCAUUGCCUUCCUCCUCUUUCUCCCACACAAGGCAAUUCUUUUUCCAAGAGAUCUCCAGAAGUUCAAAAUUCACAAGGCCCUAGCAGCAUGGAAGCAACCAUCGUUUCAGAUGCUGGUGAUCAGACUAGUUCUUUCAGACAUCAGUACAACCCUGAUAGUGUGCCUCUACCCCACACAGAAGGGACAGUUCCUUUGUUCAAUCCUGCUCAGGUUAUUACAACAGCAGCCUCUGGCACUGGGCAUCUGCAACAGAAUUUUCAGCAAUAUUGGCCACAUCAUUUGCAAAACAAAUAAUCCAGGAUACUUCUGUGGCUGGUCCUCUGAUCAGAAGCCAUUGCCUUACCCAAACAUGGUAGUUCUAUGAUCUCUUUGCUACUCUUCUUAUUUACUGGCAUUGGAGCUUGUUAUCAAAGGGAUAACAGCACAAAUGUGAACUAAUGGAUAAGCCCCUUUCACUUUUAUUUGCUUGGUACUUUUAAAGAACAGUUUUACAGCAAAUGGUAUAGAGACAGACAUAAAAUGAAAAGGAAGACAUCCCCCCUAUUUUUUGUCUUCCAUUCCAGGAAGGGAACUAUUAAUAGUCUACCGUAUAUUCCGGCGUAUAAGGCGACUGGGCGUAUAAGACAACCCCCAACUUUUGAGAAGAUUUUCAGGCUUUAGAAAGUCAUCUUAUACGCCAGAAAAUACAGUACAAUAUUGAA